AUGGGAAGGCUUGUUCAAUUGGAGCUUGAGAACUUCAAGUCAUCGGGCCAGUUCACCAGCUUCACAGCGGUGGUGGGACCGAACGGCGCCGGCAAGUCGAACCUGAUGGACGCGAUCAGCUUCGUUCUGGGUGUCAAGUCGUCACACCUGCGGUCGUCGCAGCUGCGGGAUCUGGUGUACCGCGGACGCACAGUGGAGACGCGCAACGGGCAUGUGAUUGACGAAGCAGGCGACCAGAAUGAGCGAAGCGCGUGGGUGAAGGUGGUGUACGAGGACGACCACGGAUUCACGAUUAACUUCCAGCGUGCGAUCAGCGUGUCAGGAACGAGCGAAUAUCGCAUCAACGGGCGCGUGGUGACGCAGCAGACGUAUAACCAGGCGCUGGAGAAUCAAAACAUCCUGGUGCGGGCCAAAAACUUUUUGGUGUUCCAGGGCGACGUGGAGGCGGUGGCAUCGCAGUCGCCAAAAGACCUGACGCGUCUGGUAGAGCAGAUCAGUGGGUCAUGGGAGCUGCACCAGCGGUACACGGAGCUCGAAAAGGAGCAGGAUACGGCUGCGGAGCAGUCCACAUUUGCGUACAACAAGAAGCGCGCGGUGGCAGCGGAAGUGCAGCAGAUGCUGUACAAGCUGAGAUCAAGGCGGAGAUGGGCACGCUGCACGGCGAAUCGAUUGUUGGGGCCAGCGAGCAGCGGGCGCGGCUGGACGCUAGCCUUCAGGCCGAGCAGAAGAAGCAGGCCAAGGCGUUCAAAGCUGUCAACCGCCAGGAGCGCCAGAAUCAAGCUCGUCGAGCAAAAGAUGGAGGGGCGGCAGCCGACUCUUGCAGGGUUGGGCGAGAAAGUGGCCCAUGCGGAGCGCAAGGCAGCACGGAUCGGCGAGAAUGUGGGGCGCGCGCAGGAGGAUGUUGACCGGCAGCGCAAGAUUGUUGAGGAGCUUGAUCAAGAACACCAGCGCGUGCAGGACGCAGCGACGCGUUUUGACGAGCAGGCGCAGGCAGCGCAGGCACGGCGCGGCACACAGAUCAACGAGGCGACCAUGGCCGAGUACAACCGGCUUUCGGAGCAGCUGCGCAGCGAGUCGGUCGAGGACGCGUACCGACGCGACACGCUGGACCGGCAGGUGCAGUUGAUGGGCGAGGCAGCAAGGCGGGCUGGCGAUAAGCUUGGGGCACUGCGCAGCCAGCUCGAGAGCGUGGAAGCGUCGGGACAUGCAGUCCAGCAGCAGCAGCAGCAAGCCCAGGCGGACCUGGCUGCAGUGCAGCAGGAAAUGCAGCAGGCGCGACGUAGCGUGGAGGCGGCCAAGAGCGACCACGAGCGGCUUGUGCAGCUCGAGGUCGAGCUCAACGAGAAGCUGUCGGGUGUGCUGAAGCAGCUGGCGCAGGCACGGGCCGACCAGCGCGAGUCGACGCGUGAGGCACGGCUCAGGGACGUCAUCAGCGCGUUGCAGCGCGUUUUUUCUGGCGUGCAUGGUCGGCUGGCGGAGCUGGUCCAGCCAACGCAGCAGCGCUACGCGAUCGGUGUGGCGACGGUGCUGGGACGGCACGUGGACGCAAUUGUGGUUGACCAGCAGGCGACGGCCAUCGAGUGCAUCAACUACAUGAAGGAGCAGCGCGCAGGCCAGGCGACGUUCCUGCCGCUAGACACGCUGCAGCCGCAGGCGACCAACGACAGCCUGCGGCACGUGCACACCGGAGCGCGUCUGGCGACAGACGUGCUAAAGCUGGCAGUGCUGCAUGCGUUAUCGAACGUGGCCCGGCAUGUCUGCUACGAGCGGCGGCUUGAGGUCAAGGCGGUGACGCUGGAUGGCUCAGUUAUUCACCGCAGCGGCUUGAUCACCGGCGGUACAAGCGGACGCGGCAGCGGGCAGCAGGCGCAGGCGCGGCGGUGGGAGGCUGCCGAGGUCGAGAAGCUGCGCAGGGCGCGCGACCGGCUCACAGAGGAGCUGCACAAUCGUCGCCCCUAUCUAUCAGGACUCGAGACCAAGCUGCAGCUGUCGCGCGAGUCGCUGGAUGCUGUGACGCGCAAGCUUGAGGGCAUUGCCAGUGAGCGCAAACACAUUGAACGGCAGAUUGCCGAGGGCGAGCCAACUGCCCAGCAGGCCGAAGACGACCUGGAUGCGGUCAGGCGCGAGCGUGAUGAGAUUGCCGAGCCGAUUUUCGUGCAGUUCUGCCAGACUGUCGGGGUCAGUAGUGUUGACGAGUUCGAGAAGCAGCUGCUGGUUGCCACCGAGGCCACGGCCGAGCGGCGGCUGCAGUUCACGACGCACCUGUCGCGGCUUGACAGCCAGCGCGAGUUUGAGCGACAGCAGCUAGCAGAGGCCACGCAGAGCUCACUCGAAGGGCUGCGGGCCAACCUGGACCGCGAGACGGCAGACAUGGCUGCACUGGUGCAGCAGCUCGAGGGCUUGCGCAGCGAGCUCAGCACUCUGAAUGGCAAGUAUGGCGACGUGAGCGAGGAUGUUGGCAAGGCGCGGCAGGGGCUCGAGGAGGGGCAGCGCGAGUUGGACCAGAUGAGCAAGGAGUUUAGCGCCAAGGCCACUGAGCUCGACCGUGUCAUGGCCGACAAAUUCGCAGUGCUGCGGCGCUGCAAACUCGAGGACAUCCGCCUCCCGCUGCUCCAGGGCUCGCUUGAGGCGCUUGCGCUGGAGGCCACGACCAGCCAGUUUGCCGACGAUAUUGCGCGACUGUCAGCCGAAAUCGACGCGUUGAACCCGAACCCGCACGCACGUGAGCGGCUGGAGGCUGCACGGCAGCGGCUGCGCGAGAUUGAGGGCGAGCACAACGUAGCGCGGCAGGCAGCCAAGGAUGCCAAGGAGCGGUUCCAGACCGUGCGGCGGCGGCGGCACGACCUGUUCAUGCGGUGCUACAGCCACCUGGCAUCUGGAAUCGACCACGCCUACAAGGCACUGACGCAGAGCCCAGUGUUCCCGCUGGGCGGCACCGCGUAUCUGGCGCUGGAGGAUGCCGAUUCGCCGUACCUGGGCGGCAUCAAAUACCACGCCAUGCCCCCGCUCAAGCGCUUCCGCGACAUGGAUCAGCUCAGCGGUGGCGAAAAGUCGGUGGCUGCCCUGGCGCUGCUGUUCUCGCUGCAGGCCUUCCGCCCCGCUCCCUUCUUUGUGCUCGACGAGGUCGAUGCAGCCCUGGACCUGGCCAAUGUCUCCAAGCUGGCCAACUACCUGCGCGAGCACGCACGCGCCCAGCCUGAGGCUGAUGCCCCGCCCGCCACCGAUGACGGACGUGGAGCUGGACGUCGCCGACCGCCCAAGGAGGCCGACUUCCAGUUCAUCGUCAUCUCUCUCAAGCAAGCGCUGUACGAGCGCGCCAAGUCACUCGUCGGCAUCUACCGCGACCAGGCCGAGAACAGCUCGCACGUGCUCACCGUGGAUCUCGAGCAGUUCCCGGCCUGA